AUGGCUCGUCAAGGAAGAUCCGGUGGCGGAAGCCGUCCCUCAAGGCCAACUGUUGCCCCUGCCCGCCCAUCCGUGGCACCAAAGCAACAAACCCGCCCAGCAACCACUGCUGCAUACCCCGGAAACCGCGCCGGCGCUCCUCCAGCUGCUGCUCCUCCAGCUGCCGCCCCUGCGGCUGCCGCCCCAGCUGGCCCAGGCUUGUUCGCCAACAUGGCUAGCACUGCUGCUGGUGUAGCAGUCGGUUCCUCUAUCGGUCACGCCAUCGGUGGCUUUUUCGGCGGCGGCUCCUCCGCUGCCCCAGCGGAGGCCGAGCAGUCCCAAAUGACCCAGUCUCAGGGUUCGGCUGAGCAGAGCAACUGGGGAGCAAGAAGCUGCGAGGUCGACGCGAAGCAGUUCACAAAGUGCUUGGAUGAGAACCAGGGCAACAUGCAAACUUGCUCGUGGUACUUGGAGCAGCUAAAGGCUUGCCAGUCUGCUGCCAGCGGUUACUAG